CAGCGGCGCCUCCCGUCUUUCUAUGUAAGACUUAAUUUUAUUAUUUUUUUAUUUAUUUCCGCUUCACCCCUGCUUUAUGUGACUUAAUGGAGGAAGGAUUUUAUUUUUUUUAUUUUAUUUUUUUUCUUUUUGGGCUCCGUGAUGGUAGACUUUCUUAUUAGUAUUACUCAAAUUAAAAAAUAUAUAUAUAUAUAUUCUUAUAACUAAAUAUGCCCAGCAAAAUCCGAGAGUUUCCAAGAAACUUCGAACCAGUGCAAUUUCCUCAUCUGUAUAUUAACUUCUAACACUCGCACAAAUCUUGCUUCCCUUUCUUAUCACAACUAGAAACCGACGUCGUUUUCAUUAAAUCAUUGCCAAGAAACCCACCUAGUUUUCUAUUUCGCCAACUAAUCCAGUGCAAUUAUAGAAAAAACAACACUAACAGAACGACAACACUCUCACACCCAAAUAUUCCAGAGAGAGAAAGUAGGGAGAGAAAAACUAAGCGCGAACCUGCUUUCCACGCGUAUAAAAAGCUCAAGGUUUCUUCUCUCCCUCUUCAACACAACAUCACAAAUAAAACUUUGAUUAUAUCUUCAAUGGCCGCGAACAACUCUCACUGUUAUUUCACCUUACUCUACCUCUGCUUUACGAGUCGACUCAGUACUGUAUUGCCGGAAAACCCUAGUCACAACCACGCCCAAAUCAGCUCCAACUCGGUCCUCGUCGCCUUACUCGACUCCCAUUACACCGAGCUCGCCGAACUCGUCGAGAAGGCUCUCUUGUUGCAGACUCUAGAGGAAUCAGUGAGUCAACACAACAUCACCAUCUUCGCGCCAAAUAACGAAGCACUCGAACGCGACCUCGACCCCGAGUUCAAGAGGUUCCUCCUCGAACCGGGCAAUCUCAGGUCCCUCCAGACCCUCUUGCUCCACCACAUCGUCCCCAAAAUGAUUCAUUCAAGCGAGUGGGUCAACUCGCUUUCCGAGUCGACUCAGCACGUCACCCUCGCUCAACAGACAGUCGGACUCAGUGAAGAUUCGGAGCACAAAUUCGUCGGUACUGCGAGGGUGGUCCGACCCGACGAUGUGGUCCGUCAAGAUGGAAUAAUUCACGGAAUCGAACGGCUGUUAAUACCCAAAUCAGUACAAGAUAGUUUCAACCGGAGACGGAGUUUGCGAUCGAUCUCCGCCGUUAAACCGGAGGCAGCGCCGCAGGUUGAUCCGAGGACGAACCGGCUGAAAAAACCUGCACCACCUGUUCCGGCCGGUUCACCGCCGGUUCUGCCUAUAUUCUCGGCCAUGGCUCCGGGUCCUUCACUGGCGCCGGCGCCGGCACCUGGACCGGGUGGGCCCCACCACCACUUCGACGGCGAGAGCCAGGUCAAGGACUUCAUACAGACCCUAGUACACUACGGUGGCUACAAUGAGAUGGCGGACAUUUUGGUAAAUUUGACGAACUUGGGGACCGAAAUGGGAAGGCUGGUGUCGGAGGGGUAUGUGCUGACGGUGUUAGCUCCGAACGACGAAGCGAUGGCUAAGCUGACCACGGACCGGCUCAGUGAACCGGGUUCGCCGGAGCAGAUAAUGUAUUAUCACAUCAUACCGGAGUAUCAGACGGAGGAGAGUAUGUACAAUGCGGUGAGGAGGUUCGGGAAGGUCCGGUAUGGUACCCUCCGAUUGCCUCACAAGGUGGUGGCUCAGGAGGCUGAUGGGUCGGUGAAAUUCGGCUCUGGUGACGGGUCGGCUUAUUUAUUCGACCCGGAUAUAUAUACGGACGGUCGGAUAUCGGUUCAGGGCAUUGACGGAGUGUUGUUCCCGGCGGAGGAGAAGCCAGAGCUGGAAAGGAAAGUUGUUAGUUACGUUGCAGCUGUGGCGAAGCCGAGGAGAGGGAAGUUGCUUGGAGUUGCAUGCCAUAUGCUUGGGGCCUUUGGGCAAGACUUUAGGUUUACCACAUGCCACUGAACAUACCAACCCUUGUGUCAAAAGAGAACUUCAAUAAAUCAAAAAAGGUACACCGACAUUGUAUAAAGUUUUAGGCUGAUAUGUGAUCUACUUCUUUAUAAUAAGGAUAAGUGGCCAUGGAUGGGAAGAUUUAGAGAAAUAGGUAAAGUAUUAGAAUAGCUAGGGUUGGUGGCGAGCUAUCUAUGAUUGCUUAAAGUUUCUUGACUGUAUUGGAAGGAAGAUAUUAUUGUCCUGGUUGCGUACAUAUAUCAACGGUACCUGCAGAAUAAUUUUGUAAGCCCAUUUGGUGUAAUAGUGCAGAAUAAGUGUGGGCCCAGUAAAUAAUUGUAAGAAUUUUAUGCAAUUAUAUUUUUCUGUUACUCUCUCUAAA